AUGACCAUCAUAACUAUCGAUAUAGUUUCUGACAUUUGGUGUUUCAUCGGCAAACGGCGCCUCGAUAAAGCCAUCCAACUACAUAAAAAGACCUACCCAGGUGGUAGCUCCGACAACUUCGUUAUUACUUGGCGGCCUUACUACCUACAGCAAGAACCGUCUCCACAUAGCGUGGAAAAGAAGAUUCUCGCGGAUAAAAAGCUUGCGCAUAUGACGCCCGAGCAGCGGACGGGUCUCAUGAACCGAAUGGAGCAAAUCGGACGUGCCGUUGGGAUUCGACUUAAUCAUGAUGGAAAGAUCGGGGGAACAAGAGAUGCGCAUCGGUUGUUGUUACUGAGCCAGAUUGAGAAUCAGAAGAAGAGUCAAGAGGGUCAGCUGCAGGAUGCAAUGGCGGAGAAGCUUUUCCAGGCGCAUCAUGAGUUGGCAAAGGAUAUCUCAGACCGCGAGGUGCUGCGGGAAAUUGGGCAGGGGGUGCUUGGGUUAGAUAUUGCGGAAGUUGAUGCUUGGUUGGAUGACGAGGAGAAUGGGAAGCAAGUGGAUGAUGAGGCGCAGAGGAAUCGCGAGUUGAUGUACCCGUCUCCAACCUCGGCCGAUAGGUCGGAGGAUGACGCAGGGCCGUUCAAGAAGCGCACUGCGAGAGCCUGCGAUUCAUGCUACAAGCGAAAGAUUAAAUGUGACGCUGCGGUACCGCAAUGUAACUGGUGUAGCCACCAUAAUAUUCCUUGUACGUUUGAUCGGGUGGUCCGGAGGAAAAGGAAAGAUAAGCACAAUGCAAACAACCCACAAAAACCAGACCGCUUGGCGGAGCGCAUCGAGAGGAUAGAGAAACUAUUAACGGACAGCUUAUUGCGAGAAAAUACUCCCCGUGAACAGCCAGCGAGCUCUGUUCCUGGCAGUUCCCCCCAAUUAUCUCUGCCUACUACUACCCCAUCCCCGGGCAAUCCGUCUGUCUCCUCCUCUGUACCUCUUCAUUUCGCUGGACGAGAGUUCGGUGUGGUCAGUCUUAUCACUGGAAUCCCGUUCUUACUACCAGAAGGACGGCAAUGGGUUGAGUCGCGGACUGGCCAGAAGAUUUCCUUCGAUAAGCUUAGUCCGUCGAAGCCGCCGUGGGAGAAGCAACGGGCGCUAAGUUCCAACGCACUGUUGAUGAGCCCGCAGUCUCACAAUGUUUUCGAGCUUCCCGAUCGCCAAGUCGUGGAGCACCGGUUCGAUGCGUAUCGGUGGUCUUUGAUGCAGCGAGUAUUCCCAGUUCUGGACUGCGUCUUGUUUAUAGACACUAUCAGUGCGGCGUAUCGGAGUGAAUACUUAAGUGGUCACUCUGCGCCAGCGAGUGUGCGGGCCUGUGUGUUUGCUUUUCUUGCUUUCUCGACCUUCAUUCAAAAUCCUUGCUUCAACCCCCAGGGCAAGGAGUUACCAUCUGUUGACGGAGAGGAAAAUAUUCUGAAGGUACAGCAUCUUCUACCGCAAAUCUUGCAGGAACCUACUUCCAGAGAGGGGUUAGAGGCGCUCACUAUGAUGGCACUCUGUGAAUUAGUGGCAGGAAACCUACAAUCAGCCAACUACUAUGGCUCUUUGGCGGCUCGAAUGAUCUUUAUGCUCGGCUGUCAUGCGCCCCCGUGCCCACAAACUGCCCUAGGGCAACUGAAUGAUACCAAGGCCCGCGUUCAACACCAAUUGCGGAAUAUAUUCUGGGUGUGCUACACCAUUGAGAAAGACGUGUGUCUUCGGACCGGUCAACCCCAACUAUUCACAGACGAGAACUGCGACCUCACACUGCCGUACGGCUACGUUGAAAAGCUGUACAGCAGUAUGGAAUACCACCAUCACUCCAUGGAGAUUCCCGAAAGUCCAAUUUUCCCCGUCGACCUACGCCUAAGUAUCAUCAAAUCCCGAACUUACAGCGCCUUAUACUCCUUCAAAUCCCUCAAAAAGACCGAUGCCGAACUCCUGAAGGAAAUCCGCGAACUGGACGACGAGCUCGAACGCUGGCGUAUGUCCGUUCCUCAAGAGUGGCGGCCAACGCUAUCCUUCUCUCAUGAGACCCCCGAUCCAAAUGUUAGCAUGCAUUCUGUCAUGCUCCGCUUGAAUUACCACCUCUGCAUGACUAUUAUCCACCAGGCUAGCAGCCGUUGCAUGUCCUGGGGAAACCUUCAAGGCGGGAUGAUGGACGGCGUUAGUUCAAGUCUGGCACUCUCCAUUGAAGCUAGCCGUUCGACGUUGUUAUAUCUAGAAGCAGCAGAGCACGUCCUUGUCGACGGUAUUUUCUGGACAUUAAUUUUCUAUCCCAUGUCCGCCGUCCUCGCUAUAUUUUGCAACAUCUUACAAAACCCCUCAGACCCGCAGGCGACCAAAGAUCUGGGCCUUCUCAAAACCUCAACCGGCAUGAUGGAGCGUAUGAUCAUGAAACGGUCGUAUUCGUUUACCGAGAUCGUGAAUAUAAAAAUGGUGGCUGAUUUCGUGAUCGAGCUGUAUCGACUUGCGAAUUGUGCUAUCGAGAAGGCGUGGAAUGAGCAGUCUGCUUGA